AGAAGUACUUGGAACGUAAACAGUGGGCAAAGGUGGAGGACUCUUUGACAAGAAUGCCUUUCCAUUUCUGUCCCCAGUGUGGAACAAAGCUGCAGCCUGGCUUCAAAUUUUGUCCGUCGUGUGGGGAGAAACUUCCCUGUCCUGCAGAUGGAUCUGGACUUGAGGGCUUGACUGCUUCUCUAAGUCCUUCUCUACCUGCAAGAGACAAAGAAACAACAUAUGUCGUUAAGACAAACCCUGCUUCAAGCCCAAACUGCGACCCCACAGAAAGUACAGCCCAUUCAUAUUUCACUUCAACUCCAGUUUCACCUCGUCCGGCACUGAGAAAGACCCGUAACUCCCUUCGACUGGACAAGUCAGUUCAGUUCAACAUCAAAGAUGCCACUUUGCCUGCUGUGUCCUCCGCUUCUCCUAACAAGGCUGAAGAUAACAGGCUCGAGUGGCAGGGGUCACCACAAAAGCAGCACGCUGCCAAGGUUGAACCAACGUCUCCUGCUGUAAAAUCUACUCGAGCCACCAGGGGGAAGGCGAAACUCUCCAGCCCUGUUACGAAGAAGGCAGAAGAAAAGAGGUUAUCUGAUAAAAUCAGUGGGGUCACAGAGGAAUCAACAACAGAUGGCCCUUCUGUGACCAAAUCUCCAAACGCUAAGUCUUCUUUCAAAGGAACAGGAAAAAGCAGAGCCAAAAAGGCAAAACAAACGCCGGCCGUGGAGCCACUGCAGGAAGGUGAGGAGGUGACAGACACAACGGGCAAGAAAUGGACGCUGAUGAAACUACUCAGUCAGAGUACGACAGAGCUCUUCUACGAAGUUUCACGGCCCAAUUCCAAAGAGUCAAAUCACAUCCUCAAACUGGGGGCAAAAGAUGGAAGAAUCUUCAAUGAGCAGAACUUCUUACAGAGAGCUGCUAAACCAACAUCUGUCGACAAGUGGAUCAAACAAAACAAGAUGGAUUUUCUGGGGAUUCCUUCCUGUGCUGGCUUUGGUCUUCAUGCAGAUUCAUACAGGUUUCUGAUUUUCCCCGACAUGGGCCAGACUCUGCUCUCUGUCAUGGAGGAUGAAAACGAGCUCCUGUCUGAGGAAGUUGUUCUUCAGCUCGCCUGUAGAAUAUUGGAUGUGCUGCAGUAUAUCCACUCAAACGAGUAUGUCCACGCUGACAUUAACGCCGAGAACAUUUACAUAAAACCAGGACAGAAAUCACAGGUUUACCUCGUAGGAUACUGCCACGCCUUCAGGUACUGUCCAGGAGGCCAACACGUAGAGUACCGUGAAGCCAGCAGAACACAACACGAGGGCACCUUAGAGUUUAUCAGCCUGGACGCACAUAAAGGAGCAGGUCCGUCUCGCCGCAGUGACUUGCAGUCUCUGGGUUACUGUAUGCUGUAUUGGCACACAGGGACGCUGCCGUGGGCCGACGUCACUCAGCCAGACCAGGUAGCCAGCCAGAAACAGAGGUACAUGGACAAUGUUGGGGCACUGCUGAGCCACUGCUUUGAGAAGAAGAAAGUUUCCAGCGCAUUUCAGAGCUACUAACUGCAGUGAUGGCUCUGCAGUACUCUGAGCAGCCCGACUACUCGGCCCUGAAGUCUGGACUCAGCGCUGCUUUACAGCAGCUGGGAGGGUCCCUGGAGCACCCGCUCAGUUUUUAGAGGUCGAACAGGGAGAAGACAUUUGGAGGAUUGUUUCUAACUUUUAAUCUUGUUGUGUUUUAUCCGUUAUGUUUGAAUGCACUAAACGUUGAGUGUUGUACAGCUCAGUGUGUGACGAUGACACAAGGAGGUUUGAUUACACUGUGGUCUUUAGCAACAACACAACAACACUGGCUGGGAGGUAGAUGCAAGUUCUCGGUUCCUGGUGCACAUAUUUGGGUGACGAUGUUUGUAAGUUACGUGUUUUACAGUGUUUUUAGAACGUGUGUCUGAUUGUGGGCACAGGUUACAUGUUUUUAAUGAAAUCGUCAUGAGAAUAUUCUCUUUUACUUCCUAUUGUCAAACAUUGCUUUUAAGAUGAGCAGACAGAUGUGGAUUAAGACAAUAAAUUGGUUCUAUUUGUAAUUCAAA